AUCAGCGCGCUCGGGGCAUAGCAGGGUGGCGGUGAUUGACUGCUGGCCUGUCUGCCACUGACACUGGCCCCGCCCACUCAGCAGGCGAUGGCUGACGACGCGCGCGGACACCGACAUCACUUUACACAUCGUGAGAACAGACCAAACGAAAGACAAAUGUUUUCUUAGCUCACGGCGGGUGGCUGGCAUCUAAGCCAAUGAUUCACACCACUGCUGCUCACUUGUGCGGCCAGGCGUGUCAGUGACGUGCAGUUGCUGCACCACGUAGACUCGGUCUGGCACCACGUACGUCACGUACGUCACGGCGACUGUUGAUUGCAUCCUGCGAGAGAAGUGUCGGACCAUCGUCAUGCCAGUCUUGUAGUCGUGUCGCUCGGGUGUGGCGACCAAAGUGCAGCGAUCCGUGACUGAAGGCGGGCGAGUGGUCUGCGAGUGAGUGCCAGUGAUUUGGUUGAUUGGGAGCCAGGUGUCGCCCUGUCGCCUUCUGACCAGCCAGUCGUGUGGGGGGACCAGUCGUCCGAGGGUUUGGGGGAGGGGAGAAGAUGAGGAGGAUACACGUCAAUGACCCUCCAUGUGCCAGAGCGUGUCGGCGCUGCUAACAACUGUGAGUAGCAGAAAUAUUUGUCUGCAAGUGCAGCCAGCCAUUGCCGUGCUGCAGGAACCUGUUUGUAGUCACCUGGCUGAGCGGAGACUGCGUCACACCUAGGAACCUCCGGGGACACCUGUCCCCCUCCUAGCCCCACCCCCGACAGGCACACACCCUCGAGUACCUGUCGUAGUGAGUGCGGAGAGUGGUUCGCUGUGCCCACCAGGACCGACAGUCGCAACAGUCCGCGUGCUGUGUGUCAGUGUACGUGCGCGCGCUCACGCGCUUUGUGUUGGAGUGCGUGGCCGGCAGGUCUUGUUUGUCUAUUGGUUCAACACCUACAGUCUGUGGAGCCGCAAGUCGUCGUCGGUCACAGAUGUGGUGGUUAGUCGUCACCACGGUGCAGUGGAGUACCUGUGCACACCCAGAGCCGAGUGCCGACAAGCUCACCUGCCGUCGCCACCCGCUCCGCUUUGAUCUUUGAUUCCAAGAGGAGAGCUCACCCUACAGACACUUCCGGAUGCCUAGCUGACGACUUACAGUCGGCGGAAAAAUCUUGAUAGUGUGAACCACUCAGUGCCGCCAGUCGCAAGACAGUGGUUCACCUGGAGCCGGAGACAAGCGCAGUGACACCCACUCGUGUCUCUUGUCUCAUCGCGACUGAUCGUCGUCAACACCUGAGUCGGGAGGUACACGGCGCUACACCUGUGACUCGCCAUACCGAGCGGACCACGGGGUUGAGCCCCUCCCUCUGCUUGAUCCUGACUCGCCCGGGCAGGACAAACAUGAACGGGUGGAAGCCAUGAAGGAGAAGUCAAAGAAUGCCGCCAGGACGCGCCGCGAGAAGGAGAAUGCCGAGUUCUACGAGCUGGCCAAGCUGCUGCCGCUCCCGUCGGCCAUCACCAGCCAGCUGGACAAGGCCUCCAUCAUCAGGCUCUCCACCUCCUACCUCAAGAUGCGCGCCGUCUUCCCGGACGGUCUGGGAGAUGCCUGGGGCCAGAGGACUCCACCCAGGACACCCAUGGAGAAGGAACUCGGCUCGCAUUUGUUGCAGACGCUGGAUGGCUUCAUCUUCGUGGUAGCUCCCGACGGCAAAAUCAUGUACAUCUCCGAGACAGCAUCCGUCCAUCUCGGCCUCUCGCAGGUGGAGCUUACGGGUGGAAGUAUUUACGAGUACAUCCACCCAGCUGACCACGACGAGAUGACAGCCCUGCUCACCGUCCACCACCCCUACCACGCCCACAUCCUGCAAGAUAUCGAGAUCGAGCGAUCCUUCUUCCUACGAAUGAAGUGUGUUCUUGCCAAGCGCAAUGCAGGGCUGACCGCCGGCGGUUACAAGGUGAUCCACUGCUCUGGCUACCUGAAGAUCAAACAGUACACCAUGGACAUCGCGCCCUACGACGGCUGCUACCAGAAUGUGGGGCUGGUGGCGGUGGGCCACUCGUUGCCGCCGUCGGCGGUGACGGAGAUCAAGAUGUUCUCCAACAUGUUUAUGUUCCGCGCCUCCCUCGACCUCAAGCUCAUCUUCCUGGAUGCCAGGGUGGCGGCGCUGACAGGAUACGAGCCUCAGGACCUGAUAGAGAAGACGCUGUACCACUACAUCCACGCCUGCGACAUCCUGCACAUGCGCUACGCACACCACACGCUGCUGCUGAAGGGACAGGUGACCACCAAGUACUACCGCUUCCUGGCCAAAGAUGGCGGGUGGGUGUGGAUGCAGAGUUAUGCCACCAUCGUCCACAACAGUCGAUCCUCCCGUCCACACUGCAUCGUUAGUGUCAACUACGUCCUCAGCGAGGUGAUGAACAAGGACUGCCAGAUACAGCUGGAGCAGACCCUGACGGCCAAGGAGCUGUCGCCCUACUCCGCCAUGUCUGAACGCACUCGCACCAGCAGCACGGGAGGCGGGGGAGGCAAGACUCGACCUCCACGCAGCAAGUCUCGCCGUUCCCCCUACCCACAGUUCAGCUCCACACCCGGCGACACCGGCGAGGGCAGCCAGGACUACCAGGACAAGCCCUUCACCGACUACAUGGCCACUGCAGCCACCAGCAGCGACGUGGUCGGGGUGCAGACCUACCACAGCAUGAUGUACGGACACACCAGCGACAGCAUGGACCGCUACAGCGCCCUCUACUCCACCCCAUACCCGCACCCCGGGGUGGCCAUGUACAGAGACGCAGCCUGCGUGUACUCCUACCCCUCCGCCUCCGCCGCUCACCAGCGCUACCUGGACGAUCGGUCUCCCUACCGAGGCUACGAGGAGCGCUUCUACCCAGCCAGGGACCCUGCCGCCUACCCGGGGUAUCUGUCGUCUAAUGCUGCCAUUCAAAGUGCAGCCGUGGCGGCCACGAACUCGCGCUUGAGCCAGGAGGCGGCGGCGGCCCUCAGCCGCGAACUAGCGGCGGCAGCAGCAGCAGCAGCACAGGUGGGGGAGUCUGGGUGGUGGGGGUGGUGGUGGUGGCGGUGGGGUGCUAGGGUCCACCCAGUCAUACGCAGACUUCCGGUCGUCCGGUCAGUGCUCGCGCUCGAGCUCGCGGGACAACUCGUACAGCGCCCAACACUACGCCGCGCCCUACAGCAACCGCUCCGAGUCGUCGGCGUCCGAGGUGGACGUGUGCAGCAGCGAGGAGUACGAGAAGCAGCGGCACUCGGGCGGCGGCGGCCAGCGGAGCGGCGAGCGGUCAGCUGGCGGAACAAGUACGAGCCGCUGAUGGACUCGCAUUUGACCAAGGAGGGGGUCACCUACAAAAGCCACGAACAGCAGAAACAGCAGCAACAACAGCAGGGAGGUAGUGCUGGAGCUAUACAAGCCUUAUCCCCUCCCCUCCACCACCCACAGCGACCACACCACCAACAUCUUCAUCACCAACAACAGCAGCAACAACAACAACAGCAUGUCACGCAACGUGAAUCGUCCGUACCUCACCCCGUCAUCAUGCGUCGUCGCUCCUCCACCUCCACCUACACCACAGCCACCGCCACGGCUACCAGCGACAACAGAAUCGUCACCAACGGCAAUGGUGGUGGUGGUAGUGUUAGUGGUGGCGGCGGUGGUGGUAGUGCAGGAGGUACUGUCACCAACGGCGGUGUCGGAACUGCCGGAGGUGGGGCUGGUGUCGGGUCUAGCAGCACGGACUACAGCAACACCAGUGACAACACAGCCCACAGGCCCCGCCUUCAGCCACAAGUCCCCCUCGGUGGCGACCUCUGGUAGCUUACAUUCGGCAGCAGAGUUAAGGGCGGGGUCGGUGGGGUCAGGUAGCGGUGGAGCGGGUCAGGGGGGCGUCGUCAAGUCCUCCGUGUUAUCCAGCUCCACCUCCGCCAACUGCAGCAACAGCAGCUCCACUAACGGCAGCAGCUGCGUGGUGGGUGCCCUGGGUGGCGCCAUGAGCAGCGUCACUCCCGUCAUGCCCAGCGCCGAGUCGUACCUGGGUGCCAGCAUGCGGCUGGGCAUGGGGGUGGGCAUGGCCAUGGGCAUGGCAGGGACUACCCAGGACUACAGCCAGUGCCUGAAGGCAGCUUGUGGCUACGACAACUACCCGCCCACGGCCAGCAUGUACCAGAACGCCGCAGCCCUGCAGGCCCAGCGCACCUACCCGGUCAUGCCGCAAGCCGGGUACACAAGUGUGAUCGUGGACCCACAGCAGUACCACCUUGCCAACGGUUAUGCCGUUCACUGACCCCUGACUACAAGUCAGCCCGCGAGAGGGCGCGCGUGUAUUUCUGGCAGCCAUGCAGACGAGUUGCAGUCUACAGAAUCGUCAUGUGACGUUUGGUGUCAAACAUGUCCGCCGACGGGUAUACUGGAGACAGCGCCACCUCGUGCUGAACUCACACCAGCAUCCGUAGCAGCGCUGGGGGACGUUUCCUGUUCUGAUGUGUCGAGGGCAGAUAGCGGGGACAUCUAGUGAUUGAAACUAACUGUGCGAAUAGCCACAUCGUGAGCGCGAGUGUGUCUGGCUGUGUGUCUGUCUGGCUGUGUGUCUGGCUGCGACUGGUGAAACGUCGGGGCGAGUUGUAACGUUGUGGACGACUCGGUGAGUGAGUGAGUGAGUGAGUGAGUGGUCGCCGCCUCGAGUGAACUCUGCUGCAGCUGCCUGCAGAGGUCAGAGGUUACUUGAAGGGCUUCAGAAGCCUGACAAGCGGCGUGUGUGCGAUGUUCACGAGGCAAGAGAUGUGAGCAGUGACUGUGCGAACUAACAUAUCCUGUCCUGUCCUGUCUUCAUCCAUCAGACAUGGCGGUAGGUGGGACUUGUGUGAGUGUGGGCAACUUGCAAUGGUUUCAAUAUUUAAACUGAAGGUAGCCGCAGACUGCAUCGCGAGAUAUUUGUGUUUAUGAACAGUAUUUUGAGACUACUCUGUGGUCAAACACAGCUGUGAACAGUGAGAAAUGCGAAGUCGGACACAGCUGUGAACAUUGAUAGGUGGGAAGUCAAACAGCUGUGAACAUUGAGGCGUAAAGUCAUACACAGCUGUGAACGUUGAGAGAUCAGACACAGUUGUGAACAUUGAGGGAUGUGAAGUCAGACACAGCUGUGAACAGUGAGAAGUGUGAAGUCAGACACAGCUGUGAACAGUGAUCGUGAGACCGCUGCUGGCUGUUGCCACGAUGCUGCUGUACUGUCCGUGGUGUUGUGUGUCAAGACAAACAGUAUUUAGUGUCAGUAGGUCGUGUCGUGUAUUACGAGUUCACUGGAGCUCACAGGGGAUCCUCCAUCCCAGCUGCCUUCAGUUGACAAAAUAUUCUAAUUUUCUCUGUCAAAGCGUCUCCUUGUUGCAAUGAAGUCAGUCAGUCCGUCAGUCCGUCAGUCCGACCGCAGAUUGCAUCAGAUCAGCGGUUCAUGUGUGUGUGUGUCUGUGUGGUCUGUACUUGUUUGUGUUUUUGUGUCUGUGUGUCUUAUCGUCUGUCUUCUUCCAAUCCUGGUUUGGUCUGUCAGUCCAUCUGUUCAUCUCGCUUGUGAGGUCAGCAAGUACUUGUGAGGUUCUGGCUGGGUUCCCCCGACACUCGCAAUGGCGACUGACAGAAACGAGAAGCUGUGGAGGGCCUCUGUCACUUGACCUGUAAACAGAUAAAUUACACCUGGUUUACCUGCGUUUUAUUUUGUUUCUUUGUCUUUCUCUCUUCCUCUCCGCGGCACAGACGGCGAAUGAGGAGAGCGAUGGUGUGUGGGCAGGAAGGGGAGCUGGUCACGUGAUGUCCGCCAUCUUGUCGAUGCUGUCCUUGCUACAUUUCUUGAGGGGAACAUUUAAAUUAUUCAACACAUUCCCUGAAUGUUAUGAUUAAUUUUAAUCAUGAUUGAGAUUUCAAAUUCUUAGCGUACCAUAAAGGAGUAAAGUUAGAGUGUAAUCAGUUAAAUGUUAUUUUACAUCUGUUAACGGUCAGUUCUAACCCUGAAGGAAAACAAUUAUAUUAAAUAUCAGGGAAUGUAAAAUCAUGCCAUGUACAUACAAAUCUUUGGAUAAACACACACUUGCACACGCAAGUACAGUUCGGUCUGCUGCAGACAGACUCGCGGACAGCAUUCAUCGUCUGUAACUCAUGUUUUGUUUGUGUCCCAGCAACUCUGUGGAAUGAGUAACUUUUGUGUGAGUAGCACUAGACUUAGUCACCGGGGAGAACUCACCUCACAUGUUCCUCACCUCCACUUUGUGACCACACCUACCACACCCACCACAACCCACCCCAGGCUGCUCACCUCCACUAGAGACUAGACUAGCGAGACGUGAAGAUAUUACUGUUUGUGUUGUUGUUGUUGUUGUUGUUGUUGUGAGCAGCUGUCAAGCUACAUCCCUGUCUGUGUUGUCUGUCGCCAUGGUGUCAACAUGUCAACACACUGACUUGUGAUGACCACCAGACAGCUGCCAUUCUGUCCACGUAUACCAAAGACAAACGAGGGUUGCUACACGGGUUCUGUGCUCCUGGGUCAGAGUUCGCUCCCCUGUACAGCGGCGUCUCGGAGCCUGGCGAGCAUCUCUCCAGCUAAACAUACCAAAGAAGAAAUGUAUUUAUUCAAACAGGUGCCAGGGUCCUGUGUCCGUGUCUGUGUCUGGCACCACGGACCGGCCUGUAAACUACGUUAAUGUUGCUGUUGUUGUCAUGGACUUUAUAUUGUUCAUCGAAAUGUCAUGUUCACUUAUUAAACUGUAGCAGGACACCCCGGGUGUGCACUGAGUGUGUGUCAGCGGACACUUGCAUCCAGCCAUCGGGCCGGUCAGUACAGAGUGCACGAUGUGUCCUUGUCUUCUACCCUCGGGGCUAAGAGACCUCGGGGGCAUCAAUGACGAUGGUUGCGAUGAUGAGUCUGACAGACGAUUGCCAUUGUUACGAGGUUUGCCACUAAUGAUAAUCAGCUGCUGUAGCUCAAACAGGUUUUUGUGUCAGUUAGAAGUGUGGGUGAGGCCAGAGCGAGGUUGUUAGCGACUGUACACGUGAGAAUAUAUUCUAUAUAACAUGUACCCAGUGUGUGUGGGGGACUGCCACCCGUGUCUGCACUAAAUGAUCUUUGCGAGAAUGAUUUAAAAUUAAAGAAAUGAGUUGCCAGACCGCGUGUCACCUCUACUGAGUGUAUUAUUUUAUUUGCAUAAUGUGAAAACUCGCUAAUUAAACACAGAGUUACAGCCAGCCUC